AUGUCAAAGCGCGUUUCGGCAGCUACUUCGGGGGUACGACGAGUGACCAGGAGUAGUACUACUACGUCUGCGUCAACAAGAGGAAACAGUGCACAAAUCAAGAAGGAAGAACACGACCAAACUGCCAAGGCCGUCAAGCAAGAGCAGGAAACCCCCAAGAAGAAGCGCCCUGCAGCAUACUCAGAAGAGACACCUGCCAGGAAGAGGGUCAAGAAGGAGGAAGACACUGGUUUGAUCAGCCCAACGCCGUCUGAUGAUGCAUCUGCUUCGACCUCUUCUCCAAAGAGAGUCAAGCCCAAGAAGUCAGGACCCUCCGAUCUGAAGGCGAAGAAACUCAAGUCCUAUGCCCAAUUUGCCAACCAAUCUCCAUUCCCUGACUUUCACCAUCCGACACCUGAAGAAUGCAAGGUCGCCCACAAAAUCCUCGCCUCCCUCCACGGUCCUCGAAUCCGUCCCAAAGAAGUGGUUGCGUCGACGACGCGGGCAGGAUGCGGUGACUCGCCCACUGUCCUCGACGCCCUGGUCCGCACCAUUCUCUCUCAAAAUACAAGUGACGUCAAUUCCACGAGGGCCAAGAAGAGUAUGGACAAGGUAUAUGGGGGAAGUGAUAAAUGGGACGCCAUUGUGGCCGGAGGUCAAGCGAAGCUGCAAGAAGCCAUCAAAUGCGGCGGGCUCAGUGCGGUCAAGAGCAAAGUCAUUAUGAGCAUCUUGAAGCAGACGCACGAAAAGUAUGGCAAGUAUUCUCUAGACCAUUUACACCAUGCAUCCAGUGAAGAAGCCAUGCAGGAGAUGUUGUCCUUUCAGGGCGUGGGCCCCAAGACGGCCAGCUGUGUGCUGCUGUUCUGUCUGCAACGUGAGAGCUUUGCAGUAGACACGCAUGUGUGGCGCAUUACGGGCUUGUUGGGAUGGCGACCUAAGAAUGCCACGAGAGAUGAGACGCACGCACAUUUGGACGUCAUGAUCCCGGACGAGGACAAGUAUGGGCUGCACAUCUUACUGGUCACGCACGGAAAACGGUGCGAGGAAUGUCGGGCCGGAGGCAAAAAUCUGGGCAAAUGUGAAUUGAGAAAGGCCUUUCGGCAGAAAAAGAUGGCGGGCGAGGCAGGAGAAGUAGCCCAGCAAGAGGAGAAGGCGGCAGUCAAGAAAGAGGAGGCAUCGUGA